AUGAGCGAAGAGUAUCCCGACGAGUUUAUGGAUGAGUCACAAAUCCCACUUGACGUGAUGGACUACCCACCUGAACUUAACAUUGAUGUCAUGGACGACUCCCAGGACCCGAAUUUGGAUGAACUGGACAACGACGAGUUUGAAAUUGCAGAGGGCCUGGACAUGAGCGGAGUCAACGAGUCGGAGGAGCGCGCGGAAGCACAGCCGGAAAUCAAGCCCCUUGAGGGCCUGCCGUGCUCACCGGCGCCGCCGGCCUCAAUAAAGCUGUUCAUCGCCAGAAUCCCUAGGGACCACAAGGAGGAGGACAUACGUAAGCUCUUCGAGGAAUUCGGAACUGUGGAGGACGUGACCAUAAUCAAGGACAAGGCCACGAACGUGCCCAAGAACUGCGCUUUUGUCAAGAUGGCCUCGAUCUGCCAGGCCGACGCUGCAAUACGAAGCCUAAACAACCAGCACACCGUGGAGCCGGGCCUCGGAGCAGUGCAGAUCAGGUACGCCACGGGCGAGCCCGAGAGGCUGGGCUUCACGCAGAUGGUCGGCGAGCCGGGCGUGGACACGGCUAAGCUGUUCGUGGGCUCGCUGCCGCGGUCAUUCUCGGAGCAGGACCUUCAGGACCUCUUCAAGGACUACGGAGACGCAGUCGAGACCUUCCUCAUGAAGGACAUGAACUCGGGGGGAAACAAGGGCUGCGGCUUCGUGCGCAUGAGGUACAAGGAGCAGGCGCUCUACGCGAUCAGGGAGCUGGACCACAAGAAGAUGGUGAAGGACUCCGUAAAACCGAUCGAGGUUAGGUUCGCGCAGAGCAAGAAUGCUGCGCCGCAGGAUCCGCGCCUGAUGCAGCGCAUCAAGAGGCCGCCGCCGCCCCUCGACGGCAUCUUCCCCAACUACGGCCCUGGCGGCAACUUCAACGGGGGCUACGGCAAGCUGAAGAAGAGGAAGAAGAACGGGGCCAGCCUGGGGUACAUGAGCUACAACAACGGGAACCCGCGCCACGCGGGCGCCUGGCGCGAGUACAUCUCGCCCGACGGCCGCUUCUACUACUUCAACGUCGAGACGGGCUCGACGCAGUGGGAGGUGCCCAGGGACUUCCUGAAGCUCAGCGGCCACGGCGCCGGUUUCGGAGGCUACAACAACGGCGGCUACGCGCCCGCCGGUAACCCAGCCAGUUCCCCAGGCUUCAAUGCCGUGACCGACGACUCCUGCCUCUUCGUCUUCCACAUUCCGAGCCAGUGGAACAACUCGGACCUGUUCAGGACCUUCAGUCCCUUCGGCCGCGUUGUGAAGGCGAAGAUCGUCUUCGACCGUGCGACGAACCGCAGCAAGGGCUACGCGUUCGUCUCCUACGACAACCCUGACAGCGCUACGCAGGCCGUGGCGAACAUGAACGGGUUCAGCAUUUUGGGCAAGAAGCUAAAGUCGUCAGCCUUCCUACUGACAUGUUGGCUGGGCCAGUGGGACUGCGGCCCUGCCGUUGAACCUGGCGGCCUUAAGAUUCGCCCUCCUACUGGUCCUCUCGGACGAGUGAGCUCAGGCCCCGAAACCACUGCAAACUCUGCUGGCGCUGCCCACACUGUGCACUCCCUGCCCAGUGUGGGCAGCCUUUACGUUGAGCGUACGGUUCAUUACCGCCUUACCUUGCUACGCAGACGAUUUGCAAGUGGCUGGGCCCUUUCACAGCGUCCACUUUUGCCCACAUGUAACAGUAUAAUCACACCACCAAUUGCAACGUAUCUCACCAGGAUAUACACUAAUUUGGUACCCAUUUAUUCAUAUCACCUCUUCUGCUUCAUGCCACCUGUUCUUUAUGCCUAUUAA